AUGGGUGAGUGGAGCUUCCUGUCGUCUCUGCUGGAUAAGGUCCAGUCCCACUCCACUGUUGUGGGGAAGGUCUGGCUCAGCGUCCUGUUCAUCUUCAGGAUCAUGAUCCUUGGAGCCGGAGCUGAGAAGGUGUGGGGUGAUGAACAGUCCAACAUGGUUUGUAACACCAAACAACCUGGUUGCAAGAACGUCUGCUAUGACCAAGCCUUUCCCAUCUCCCACAUUCGCUUCUGGGUUCUCCAGAUCAUCUUCGUCUCCACUCCGACCCUCAUCUACCUCGGUCACGUCCUCCACGUCAUCCAUAAAGAGAACAAACUGAGAGAAUACAAGCAGACCCAUUCUGGAGAUGAAAUGGUCAAAAAUCCCAAGUACUCCGACGAUAAAGGCCACAUCCAGAUUAAGGGGAACCUUCUGGGGAACUACAUGGUCUCCAUAUUCUUCAGAAUCAUCCUGGAGAUCGCCUUCAUUGUGGGUCAGUAUUAUCUGUACGGGUUCGUCAUGGUCCCACAGAUCGUCUGCCAAAGAGCCCCCUGUCCCUUCACCGUCGAGUGCUUCAUGUCUCGACCCACCGAGAAGACCAUCUUCAUCAUUUUCAUGCUGGUUGUAGCCUGCGUGUCUCUUCUACUCAACGUGGUGGAGAUCUUCUACCUGGCCUGUUCUCGCUCGUCCAGACGAAGAUCUAGAACGGUGGCGUCGACCGCUGUCGCCAUUCACCCGCGUUUUAACGGCGAGAGUUUGAUGAAGAACGAGAAGCUGAGUCUCCAUGACGCGAGUCACAGUACAGCCUGA